AUGGCAAUUACAGCAGCUAGUCGUGAUGAUGAGCCAUUGUUAGAUACAAGAUAUGUCGAAGGUAUGGUGAAUUUCCAAGGAGAGAAGAUACACCAGAAUAGUAUAGAAUUUGGUGGAUGGAAAUCUGUUACUCGGGUUAUUGCAGUUGGUAGCGUUGAUUCUUUCAUCUUUUAUGGAAUGGCUUCCAAUCUAAUUAGCUUUUUAACAUCGCAACUGGAACAAUCUACUGCAACAGCUGCAGUGAAUAUUAAUGUCUGGUCCGGUUUCGUAUAUAUGCUUCCAUUAUUAACUUCAUUUGUUGCUGAUUCUUAUCUUGGUAGGUUUUCUACCAUCUUAUUCUCCUUGGUCAUCUAUGUACUGGGGCUUGUGAUGUUUAGUAUAUAUACUUCAUUACAAUUAUCAGCUACUUCCUGUUCUAAGAACGCCGUCGAAUGUAUCAUCAUCUCUUGCUCUUCUCCUUCUACUUUUCAGACUCCAACAUUUAAUUGGUGGCAAAUCGGACUGUGUGUUGGAUCUAGUAGUUCUCACUUGAUAUUGAACUGCGUCCAAGAUAUUUUGGGUUGGGGACUUGCAUUUGGCAUUUCAUCCAUUUCAAUGGUGACAGCGCUUAUUGUUUUCUUGUACGGAGUUAAAUCUUAUCGCUAUACUUUGAAAAGUGAUCAAGCUGAUAAUGAUCAGACACCUUCUAGUAUUUUUAAGGUUGUACGACCGCUACUUCCAUUAUGUUUUAUAUGUUUGAUGUACACAGUAGUGGAUGCUCAAAAUGUUACCUUCUACACUAAGCAGGGGAGCACUAUGGACAGAUCCAUAGGACCACACUUUGAAAUACCUGCAGCUUCAUUCCAGUCCUUAAUUGGUUUAUCCGUUAUCCUGUUCACAGCAUUGUAUGACCGUGCAUUUGUUCCAUUUUCUCAAGCUUUAACUGGCAAAUCUAAUGGCAUAACUACACUUCAGAGAAUCGGUGGGGGCAUUGUUAUUUCUGCCAUAUCCAUGGUCAUAGCAGCGAUAGUGGAGAACAGAAGGCUUCAAAUUGCACUGGAGUUUGGGUUGAUUGAUGAUUCAAAAGCAAUAGUUCCUAUGGGUGUCUGGUGGUUGAUUCCGCAGUACGUCUUGUCGGGUCUUGCUAUUGUAUUCACAACUGUAGGUCUACUAGAAUUUUUCUAUGAUCAAGUACCCAAUGAGCUGAGAAGUGUGGGUCUUUCCCUUUACUCAACCGUAUUUGGCACAGGAAGCUACCUCAGUGGCUUCCUUAUAUCGGUCAUUCAGAAGGCAACUAGUGCAGGUGGUGGAUACGGAUGGUUUGCAAACAACAUCAAUCAAGGACACUUAGAUUACUUUUACGGGUUUCUAGCCGGAGUCAGCCUAGUUGGGUUUGUUGCAUUUUUAUGUUUCUCAAAAUCAUAUGUAUACAAGGGAAGAGCACCAAAUUUUGUACACUGA